GCAGAAAUGGGAAAAGAGGAAAAGAAAAUCCCAGGUCCUCGCCAGAGCAGCCAACAUGUGAGCGGAUUCAUUCACAAGGCGAGAAAGGAAAUCUCGGAGAUAAACAACCACAUCAACCACAUCAACCCUGACCCUGCCGUUCAUUAACGAGAGAACUGAAUACUACGUUCUGAGUUCUCCCUAGCCAUGUUAAGGAAAAGCCAAGAGAUGAACGAAACAUGGGACUGGAACUUCUGGGUUCUGGAACGGAUAAAGUCUGCUUCUUAGCGAGACAAUCAAAGAAACGAAACCGAAACCAAACCAAACCACAUGGCGAAACUGCUCGCUUCAUAUGCUGGGAUAAAUAUAUCCCCAAGGACGUAAAGCGCAUGUGCAAUGGCGAUUUCCGAGGACAUGAGAGUUUAGGGGUCUCGAGAUCUUUAAGGGAGUCCUGGCCCUGGCCCUGGUCCUUGCCGGGCUGCCGUAGUCCUGGUUCUUUACAAACAAUGAAUGACAGGGUUCGCGGUCAAGGUGCACCACGCCGUGGUCUGGAAACUCAGGGGUAUGCAAAUCAAGUCCGUAAUUUUCGGGUUGCAGGUCCCAGUGAUAAUGGAGCAUUGGUGAUCAUGAUUUGGAUAGACCGCGAAGUUUCCGAUUGGACGGAGCGUUUCUUGAAGAAGCGAUUCUCUGCUUUGGUAACUUUGGCCUUUGGGCCUGUGAUUCUCCAAUUCUUCAUGCAGCCACUCCUCCAUCUGUUGUGUAUCUUCGCUGACUGCUCUCUUGUGGGCAUGUUCAUAUUGUGCUUUCUGGAAAGAGAAGAGGGCGUGCCGAUCGCACCAACGCAAACCUGA